UCGAGAUAAGGAUAUUAGGGAAAAUAGUCCAUCAAGGAGAAGGUAUAGAGAUGACAUCUCGCCAAGAAGAAAGCCAUAUAGAGAUGACAGAUAUGACAGCCAUAGAGAGAGUCAAUAUGAAUGGAAUAGAGAUGACAGAUAUGAAGGUCACAGAGAUGACUGGAACAGAGAUGGGCUAUAUGAACGGAGUAGAGAUAGUCGACAUGAGCGUAGUAGAGAUGACAACAGAUAUAAAGAUGAAAAGUAUAAAAGAACAGAACGAGACUUCAGAGAUGAACGUGACAGGAGAUAUCGAUAUGAAGGAAGUAGGAGAUCAACAACCAAAAGUGAAUCUGAAAAAGAAAUAGAUAUAGCCAUGCCUGCAGUUCCAUCUGGUAUGCAAUACUAUGGAUAUUAUAGCUUGUCAGAAAAACAGCCUAAACAAAUGUACAAAUGUACAUCUGAAUUUAAAAGCAAAAUGAUUCGACCCACAUCUUGUUUUCAUUUAGCUCUUUCUGUAGCUCGAAAAGAUAUAAUGCAAGAAGUUGAAAAACAGCAGGAUCCCCUCAAAGAAACAAUUAAAGAAAGGAUUAGUGAGGAAGCAGAUGUGAGUGCCCUCCAGACUCAAGUUGGUGAUACAUUACAGGAAACUGGAUCUAAUGAAGAAGUCAAUGAAUAUGGUAGCAAUAGUGAACUCAGUCAACAAACCACAACAAGUGUAGACUUCACAGCUUCUUCACAUAUGCCUGUAGUAAAUGAAUAUGGGACAGCUCUGGAAAGUAAUCUGACAGAGGAUGAUGAAAAUAUCAAUGAAUACGGUACAAAAGUUGGGAAGACUCUGGAAAGUAAAUUGACAGAAGAUAAUCAUAAAAUCAAUGAAUAUGGUACAAAAAUUAAUGAAGUUCAAGAUUCAGAAAUCACAAAGCAGUCUGCUCAAAAUGAAAAUAAGGAUACCUCCAAAAUGGAUGAAGCUGUUACUUCUGAAUGUAAAGAUCAAAAUAAAGAGGAACUCCUUCUUACUCCUAAUGUGAAAGGUCCUGAAAAUCAGCAAAAAGAAAUAAGUUCUGAAGGGAAGAAAGAUGAUGAUAAAGGGAACAUAUUUGAAAUAUUCCAAACAGCGGAAGUUGGACCUGAAACAACUGCACCAAAUACUUCAAGCUCCAAACCUGAAAUAAAUGAUGUUCUUGAAAUUGAAGCUCCUAAUGAUGAUUUUGAUGAAGAGAUGGAAACAAGUCACAUUGCAGAAACUGAAUAUGACAGUGUGCAAGAAGAUACAGCGAGCAAAAAGAUAAGUGGUCCAACUCCUGAGCAACUAUCUAAGCUUCAGGAACUUGUUCAAAGUAUGGCUAAACCUGGGCCUAAAACAGAGCAAAUUGAAAAGGAGAAAAAGAAAACUGCUGCCAAAAAGCCUAGUUUACUUACCAAGGCUUUUAAACAAGCAUUAAUGACAAAGAAACAAAAUGUUGAGACAGCAAGGGCAACAGCAAUUCUAAAAUCUAUAAAAGAGAGGGCAAAGGAAUCUGUUAAGGCCAAAGUACAACCAGAACUUCAAAUUAAGAAACCAUCUGUACCAAUUGAGGAUGCAUAUGAAGCGGAGGCAUAUGAAAAUGAAGAAUUUGAAGUGGCCAAACCGGGUGCCCUUCCUAAAGUUAGUAAACCAGUAAUCUUAUUUAAACCACCGCCUAUGGACUUGAAUAAUGCCAAAGAUGUCAGAGAGCGAUACCAUCAAGCUUUGGUUAAUAAAGAAAUAAUAGUCCCUCCAAUUCCUGAAAUUGGUUAUCACACAAACUAUGAGAAUAGACAGCGACAAAAGAUGGAAGAGGGUGAUGUCCUUGUAUUGCAUGACUUGUUCUACAAGAAGAAAAUUGUUGGAAAAACUGGAGCUAUCAUUGAUAGUGAUUUGACUGAUAUAACUGUUGUUGAAUCACUUAAACUGUUUGUUCAGUUUACUGGAAAGAUUUGUGAAGAUUCUGAUGUUGUACAACAAAAGAAUGACUUUCUUAACUAUGUUCUCUCUCCAUUUAAAGACCAGACUAAGAAGUUUAACGAUUCUCACUUAAGUGCUUUAUCACCGAUUGUCAACUCACUAUACAAAAACAGAAAGGCGAGAAAACCAUCGAUGAAGCCCAGCAGAAAAAGAAAGAUAAGGGUACUGAAACAGGUGAAAAAGGUGGCAAUUAAAAAAAUCAUUUUGCCUCAACUUCAAAGUAAAGCCCCACAGCAAGUAAAAGAUUUGGCAAAGCCAGUUAUUCAGGAUACACAUAUCCCAGUGUCUGGAGUAAAAGAUCAGAAACAAGUAGUGGAUCAGGUGCCUAAGGUAAAACAGCAACUACCAACAGAAGAACACCAUAUACCAACUGGUAUUAAACCAAUUACAGAAGAACAAACACAAUCUGGAGAUCUUAAACAUAUAGAAACUGAGGUGUCGAUGGAGAAAAAGGUUAAACUGACCGAAGUACCAAAUGAAAGUGUAAAGGAUAUCCAAUCGGAAAACACAGAAAAAACAACUUUGGAAAUAAAAAUUGCAAAUGAGGAACAGUUGAUUAAAGAACAAGAAGAAUUGACAUUGGAACAAGAAGAGUUAAUAGCAAGACUCACUAAGAAAUCAAUAUUUCUGCCUACAGAUUCAAAGGAAGCUCUUCCUCAAAUUCAAUCUGUUGAACCAUCCAAAAGAAAACAGGAUGAUCAGUUUGGUGAUGAUAGGAAGAAACCUAAAAUGGAUAUUCCUGUUGAUAAAAGCAUUGAGAGUAUGAAUGAUGAUGCUGUUGUGCCACCUUUGAAGCCUGGGCUGUCAAGAGAGAGAUCAGACUCGCCUAAGCCUAAAGAUAGGAAAAGGAAGAAAAUUGAAAAAAUGGAUGAAAUGAGCAGCAAGGUAAUUGCAGGUCUAGUUGAUGAAAUAGAUGAUGAACACCAUCUUGAAAGUAAACAAAGCACUGAUGAUGCGAAGAAAAGAAAAAUGGAAGAGGAUUCUGGAACAGAAAAUCUACCUAAAAUAACUGAGGCUAAAGCUGAUGUGCGAAUGGAAGUAGAUGCCUUGCCAGAUAUUAGUAAAGCUGUGGCUUCGCGAUCGCCAGUUAAAACAGCAAACAUACCUCUUCCUGUUCCUAGAGCUGCUGAACUUAUGCAGAAAUCUGAUGCCUUAAAGCAGAGUGAAAGUACAGUGGAGCAACCCAAGACAAUGGAACCAACAAAUGUGGAUAAGCCAGUCAGUAGAUGGGAUAAAGUGACCAAGAAACCCAUAGUGCUUGAAAUUGGUAAACCAACAGAUUUGUCGAAAAAAACUCAGAUUGUUGAGAAAAUAGUCGCUGUAAAAACAAAAGAGAAAUCUGCAUCACCAGAAAAAGAAGAGACGUCAGUCUCUAAAAUCCCUCAGUUCAUUAUUCAAAAGGUUUCUCAACCUGUUGUGAAUCCUGGUACCAUUGGAUGUUUCCCAUAUCCAAGUGCAUCUCCUGCUACCAAGGAACCCAAAUCAGACCCAGCACCAAAUAUACCAGUGCCCUCUUAUUAUGAUACUAGUAUCUCAGGUCAAUAUUCGACAACAUUGUCAUAUACAACAUCUGCUGGAGCACCUUCAGGGGAAGCAGUAAAACCAGACUCAACAUCUAAAACAUCUACUGCAAAACCUUUCUUUAUUGGAAAAAUGAAGAAAUUUUCAUCCGCAAAGGAAACCGCAGAUGCAACCAAAGCUGGUGAGAAAGCUGAAACAGUUGCAGAGAAUGAAGCACCUCCCCCACCUCCACCUGAGGAUAAACUGGAUGCACCAGUACCUCCAAUUCCUGAGCCUCCUCCUCCUCUACCAGAAGACAUACCUAAACCAACACAGUAUUCAUCCAAACCUGUGGCAUAUAGCUCCAAGCCUGUGGCAUACACCACCAGCCAAUCUUCAGUUAAACCUCCCGAGCCUCCACCGGCCAAAAUCAGCCUCUCUACGUUAGACUCUGCUACAGAGGAGGCUGUCAACCAGCAAGCAGCAAAUGCUAAAGCCUGGCAAGAGUACUGGAAGAAACAGCAAGAUGGAACACCAGCUUCGAGCUCUGAAACUGAAGCAGGUGCUACACCCUGGACUGCUGAGCAACAGCAAUGGGCAAGUCAAUAUGGAUAUGACCAAUACAAUCAGUAUAGUCAAGGAGAUCAGCAAGGAAACUGGCAAAAUUAUUGGUAUGGUCAGGGCUAUAACUAUCCUCAGGGUGGAUCUGGAUAUGAUCAGUAUUCUGAUCCAAACCAAUGCCAAGGUGGCCCACCCCCUGGGCCAUGGAUGGGUAUAGAGGGACACCCACCACCUCCACCCUUUGGUGCACCACCACCCCCUUGGGGAAUGCCACCCCCACCCUGGGGACAAUGGGGACCACCACCUCCACAAGGACAAUGGGGCGAGGGAUAUAAUAAUGAUUAUGAGCAGGAUAACAGACCAAGUGGAGACUGGAUGCCUACUGCAGAGAGGAUGAAAGACCUCAAAGUAACUAAGGUUUCUCCAAGGGAUGGAACAUGUAUGUAUGUGCAUAACAAAGACAAGGCAAAGUGCAAGAGUGUACAUCGGUUCCUGCUGUUCAUGGGUGCUAAGGACUUUGACCCAUACUCACCCACACUACUGAAGGCCAUCAGGAAGGUGGAAGCCAUAGUGCUGAUCCACAAGGACGACAAAGACCUCAUCCACACAGUGCCUAACCUGGUGCAGUUGAAGCAAGACCCUGGUAUACAAUUCUUAUCAUACAAUGAUGUCAUUGAUGUGAAAGAGAAGAGCUAUCUGCCUAUAUUGGAGAAAGGAGGAAUUGCAAUGUUGGAUAAUGAGGUGUUAUUCUCAACUCCACCUGAAUCACUUCAGACUUUGUGCGACUACUUUGAGUCCCAGACCUGGAAGGAGGGCACAAACUGGUGCAUCAAAGUACACGCUCACACCAUGCUAAAGCUGCAGAAAUUAAAGAUGGAUAGCAACCCUGCUAUGGCAGCUGCCAACAAGCAUGCUGAGGAGACUCUUGCCAUCAUUAAGCUUUAUAAGGAUGUAGGCGUUGUUGACAUCAUGGUGAAACACGACUGUGACAAACAUCGUAAAUCCUACCUAGAGGCACAAGAUUACCUCCACUGUUACACACAUAUCCAAAAUGAAAAUAUCAAAAUUGCUCGUCAUCAUAUACUCAUAUCAGAUAUAGAUCCUAGUAGUGUCAGUGGUCAGAUGUUCCUACACAAUGGUAUAGACAUCCAAACAUUCUCAUCGUUCUGUAAGAAGUAUGCCAAACUGGAUGUUCUUGUCUUGCCACAAUCCGUACAAGGUCCAAGUGGUGUUGAUCACCCACUGUAUCGUGCAGCCCUACUCAGUAGUGGCACUGAGCAGCUAUUGUCUCCCUACACACCUGAUGAGUCCAGUAUGGCUGAGGCACUACCCUUGCUACCCCCAGGCACCAGCCCCCCUAGGGAUACCCCACAUCUUAAACCACCCCCAAUGAGGCCACCUCCAAAGAUCCCAUCAUUAUUUGAAAUUCGACCUCAAGGGUCUGAGAUGGAUACAGCACAAAGUGAUUCCCCCAGUCAGGAUUCCUGGCAUACUGGACCAAGGGGACCACCUCAAUCUCAAGUAUCUCCUCAUCAUAGCACUAGAGGCCCCCCAGGGCAGGAAUCGGGGGAAGGAAGAUUCAAUGUACCUCCUCCACAUGGUGGCCAUGGUAGUCAGGUAUCCCCUCCAGGAGGCUCCAGGCCUCCACCUGCUAAUGGACCUAGGGGACCACCCCCUAGCCACUCUGAUCCUUGGGGACCACCCUUGAAUCAAUCUGGACCAAGGGGACCACCCCCUAAUCAAUCAGUACAUAGGGGACCAUCUCCAAGUCAAUCAGGACCUAGGGGACCUCCAUCAAAUCAGUCUGGACCUAGAGGACCUCCACCGAGUCAAUCUGGACCUCCUCCAAGCCAGUCUGGACCUCCCCCAAGUCAGUUUGGACCAAGGGGACCUCCCCCAAGUGAAUUGGAUCACAAAGGACCUCCACCCAGUCAAUAUGGCCCCAGAGGGCCUUCUCCCAAAUCUCUGACUGGGGCAAACAUGACCCCUAUCACUCCCAACGUUGGGCCCAGAGGAGCCCUUUCUGGGGGCAUAAGACCCCAGACUUCAUCCCUUCUGAAGGGAGCAACAACUGAGGGACCAAGGCUAACUCCUUUGGCUUCAAGAGGCUUUAAAUCAAUGGCAAAACCUGCAGCUAAACCCUACACUCCCCCAGUAGAAGAGCCAAAACCUGUAGAACUGGAGGAUCCCUUAGACAACCUACCUCCAGUACAGAGUAUGCCUACACCUCCUAUAAGAAUGAAAGUCAGUAAAGGAGCUACCAUGCCUUUCAAGCUGAAAUUUCCAUUUGGGAAUGUUGAGGAAGAACCACUACCCCCAGGUAUAGCACCAGAACGACAAGGCACUGGAGGGUCUAUGAUCCCCCCACCCCCUAAGCAACACCCGUUCAGUAGCAUUAAGGAAGUGCCCCCUAUAAGACCAACACAGGAGGUAGAGACCCAGGGAGCUGAAGAGCAAACAAAGGAGGUGCCCCAACAGGCAUCUGGUGAGAAAAAACUUGAAUCAAUACAAGAAAAAAUGCUGCGGAUGAUCAGCAAAUAAUGACAUUGGAAUAUUUUGAAAUGAUUAAAUAGUUCACAAUCCAAGUUAAUUUUCAGAGGUAUUUAUUACUCAUGCACAAAACAAUUUUGAAUUCAUCAAAUGCUUUUAAAUCUUCUGAAUCUUUUUUUGGCUGGCACAGUAUAAUAAUGUACAUUGCCCAGAAAUUGUGACUAAAUUAAUUUAAUUUUUGCCCUAUCCUUGGGACAGUUCAUUAACUGAUCUGAAUAAAGAAAAAUAUGUGCACAUUUAGUUGCUGGUGGUUAUCGACUAAGUAGCGUGGAAUUGACGUUCAUGCAGGCAACUCAGGUUGAAGCACACUCAAGUUGUAUAGUAGUAGAUAAUGUCAUUUUGGUUUCAGUAAAAACAAGAUAUUAAUUAGUGAUUAGACAGUAGAAAGUAAGUUUCCAUUGUACUGUGAUUGUGGGAAUAGUAUGUUGUCUUGGUAACAAAUACACAUUGUAUGUACACAUACUAAUGUUCAAACUGUCUGGGUAAAAAGUUCAUGUCAAAUGUUGUAGGUACACGUGCUACUGUUAUGUUCAAAAUUUCGUGUUGAGUUUUGAAGAACUUUCAUGUAAAUAUUUCAUAAUUCAUAAAAGUACAAAAUGUCAUUAAAAAUUAAAUGAUGUUAAAUUAAGCAGUACUGACAGAUCUUUUAUUUUCAUGUUGCAAUAUCACUUGUAUCAUAUAUUUUCCCAUGCAAUAUUUUAUUAUUAUGUUAUGUUAGAAUGGGCUCAAAAUUUGGUUUAUAUACACUUGUGUUACAAGUCCAUUGUUUUCACUGAUUUAAGAAUUAUGAUAAAACUGAGACAAAAAUAUUUCAUUUUUGCUUACUAAUAUGAUUCAAAUAAAAUGACUUAGUUAAUAUGAUAAAAAUAUGCACUGUACUAAAUAGUUUGAAACCAUUCUUUCAUUUUGCUUUUUACUACACUUGUCAUUUAGAUGACAUGGACAAAUCUUAUUUAGAUUACUCAUUGCUUCAUUAAAAGCUUAUGUAUAUUUUAUAAAAAAACUAUAUUGAUAAAAUAUUAUAUUGUAUGUAAGAUUACUAUAUCAAAUUAUAUUAGAGAUAAUAGAUUCAAACUAUAACAUUACCCAAAUUGUAGUAUAUUGUAUCUUAUACUAAUUGUAUCAAAAAGGAUGAUUUUGGGGAACAAAUAAAAACAUAGAAAUUCUA